CAACCAGCCCCGCGUCCCGCAGCCCUGCUUCCGGAGGAGGACCUACCUGUGCUACCUGCUCACAGGCCCUGUGACAGACAAAGGCUGCCUCCAGAACAAGAAACAUCGCCACGCGGAGGUGCGCUUUAUCGCCAAGAUCCGAUCAAUGAGUCUGGACCUGGACCAGAAACACCAACUAACCUGUUACCUCACCUGGAGCCCCUGCCCGUCCUGUGCUCAGGAACUGGUGACAUUCAUGGCAGAGUCACGCCACCUGAACCUGCAGGUCUUCGUCUCCCGCCUGUACUUCCACUGGCAGCGGGACUUCCAGCAGGGGCUGCAGCUCCUGGACAGAUCCCAGAUCAAGUUGGCUGUCAUGAACCUCCGAGAGUUCACCGACUGCUGGAAACACUUCGUGGCCCAUGAGGGACAGCCCUUGGCACGCUGGGACAAGCUGGAGCAAUACAGUGAGGCCAUAGAGCGACGGCUGGCAAGGAUCCUGACCAAGCCGUUCAGCAGUCUGGCCCAUUUGGAAGACAGCUUCAGAAAUUUGCAGCUGGGGUCUCCAUCACCCUCAUCUCCACGUAACCCCAGAUGACCGUCCGUCCCUGGAGCACCCGUUCCUUCAGAGACUAGGGCCCUCACCACGGCCAACCUUGCUUCCCUCCUUCAUUUGUUUCUGUUUGCUUGCUUGUUAGAUGACUGGGCGCACGCUUUUGUAACUGAAACUAUAAGUUGUUUGUCAGAUAACUGGGCGCACGCUUUUGUAACUGAAACUAUAAGUUGUUUGUCAGAUAACUGGGCGCACGCUUUUGUAACUGAAACUAUAAGUUGAGUUUGUAAGCUUGGGCACUAUGGAUUGAAUGUGUCCUCUCCGAAGUUCAGACGCUGCCAGUGUGAUGGUAUUAAGAUGUGGAGCCUUUCUCUUCUCAGUUUCUAAUAUGUAUUUCAAUAAAUAAAACUCCAUGGAGCAGAAAUACCCCAUGAAAUGGAAAAACAAAACAAAACAAAAAAUAACUGUGUUAUCUGGACCCGUGUUACUCAGCGUUCUUAGCUGAUGCAACGAACACCAACUCUAGUAAAUUAAAACAAACAAAAAAAAU